AUGCCUUCCGCUCUCAAUGGUGUUACUCAUUCACCACUCAAUGGAGCGACAAUGAAAACAUCCUUGAAGCCCAUUGAAGUCGCCCAUGUACCAAGAACAGCCUUUUCGUUCGAUUCGAUGGAAGAGGCGCUUACAGCUUUUGAGGCUGGGGAAUUUCUGGUCGUUAUGGAUGAUGAGAAUCGGGAGAAUGAAGGAGACCUCAUUAUCGCCGCGUCGCAUUGUACGACGGAGAAGAUGGCGUGGAUGAUAAAACACACCAGUGGUUAUAUUUGUAUUGCGCUUCCUGGAGAGAGAUUGGCGGAGCUCAAUAUUCCGCUCAUGGUACCGCAAAACCAAGAACGGCAUAGGACAGCUUAUACGAUCACUGUGGACUAUAAACAUGGGACGACUACUGGGAUUUCCGCUGGCGAUCGUAGUCUCACGGUCCGGGCAUUGGCAUCUUCAAGCUCUGUGCCAGAUGACUUUACUCGUCCCGGCCAUAUGGUUCCCCUUCGGGCUGUGGACGGGGGUGUUUUAGCCCGCAAAGGCCACACGGAAAGUGGUGUCGAUCUCUGCCGGCUCACGGGUUUACCCCUUGCCGGUGUUUUGUGCGAGCUGGUCAACGAUGACGCUCAAGGCACGAUGGCAAGGAGGGACGACUGCAGAGCAUUCGCCGAUCGGUUUGGACUCAAAAUGAUCAGCGUGGAAAUGCUGGCUGAAUGGCGUCGAACUCAUUCAUAG